UCCUCAUCCAAUUGAAAUUGAAGGAUAAGAAAGAGAGAGGAACCGGAGAAGAGAAAGAGAGAGAGAUAUGGCUUCAGUUUCAUGUUCAUUGUUGAACCUUCCUUCGAAAAUGAAGAACCUUACCCUAACUUCAUCAUCAAAUUCCGGUUCACUAAGUUUCUCCCGAAACAUUUCCCAAUCUAGAGUCCUUUCACAAGGUACGUUCUCUUUGAAUACGGUCCAGAGGCGUGGUGUUGUUGUUGUUUGCGAGGCUGCUCCAAAGAAGGUUGAUUCCGCCAUUAAGAAAGCUCUUCAGGCUGAGAGGCGUCGCGUUUACAACAAAGCUCGUAAAUCCGAGAUUAGAACCCGUACUAAGAAGGUUUUGGAAGCACUGGAGUUGCUUAAAAAGAAAUCUGAUGCACAGGCAGAAGAAAUCACCUCAAUUGAGAAGAUGAUUGGAGAGGCAUACUCUAUAAUUGACAAAGCAGUGAAAGUGGGAACUUUGCAUAGAAACACAGGAGCAAAUCGCAAGUCUCGGCUUGCCAGAAGAAAGAAGGCAGUAGAGAUCCAUCAUGGCUGGUAUGCCCCUGUGCCUCAAGCCAGUGUCUGAAUCCUUUUAUAUGUACCAAAGUGAGAACUUAACGCACAUUUUUCUCACUGUUCAAAUAUUGUAUUUUAGUGUUCUCUGUCUUAAAUUCAAAUUGGUUUAGUGUAUUAUCAUAUGUAGAGAAUCGCCCUUUGAUGUUAACAGCAUCUCCGUAAUUAGUCAUUGUUGUAUUCUUCGUUACAUUGCAUUACAUGCCUCCUUAAUCUUAAUGGCACUACUUUUGGUUACAA